AUGCCGAGCAGCUCGGACACGGCGCUGGGGGGAGGCGGGGGCUUGAGCUGGGCGGAGAAGAAGUUGGAGGAACGCCGCAAACGGAGGCGAUUCCUGUCCCCUCAGCAGCCGCCGCUGCUGUUGCCGCUCCUGCAGCCGCAGCUCCUGCAACCGCCGCCGCCCCCGCCGCCUCUGCUCUUCCUGGCUGCUCCCGGCACGGCCGCCGCCGCAGCCGCCGCCGCCGCGGCCUCCUCCUCUUGCUUCAGCCCGGGCCCCCCUCUGGAGGUCAAGCGGCUGGCGAGAGGCAAGAGGCGCGCAGGAGGGCGGCAGAAGCGGCGCCGCGGGCCCCGCGCCGGGCAGGAGGCGGAGAAGCGUCGGGUCUUCUCGCUGCCCCAGCCGCAGCAGGACGGCGGUGGCGGUGCUAGUAGCGGCGGGGGUGUGACCCCGCUGGUGGAGUACGAGGAUGUAAGCUCCCAGUCCGAGCAGGGGCUGCUGCUGGGGGGGGCCAGCGCGGCAACGGCGGCGACGGCUGCCGGGGGAACGGGGGGCAGCGGCGGGAGUCCGGCCUCCUCCUCCGGCACCCAGCGUCGCGGGGAGGGGUCGGAGCGCAGGCCCCGCCGGGACCGCCGCAGCAGCAGCGGCCGCAGCAAGGAUCGCCACCGCGAGCACCGACGGCGGGACGGGCAGCGCGGCGGCGGCGAGGCCUCCAAGUCCCGCAGCCGCCACGGCCACGGCGGCGAGGAGCGGGCCGGGGCCGCCAAGAGCGGCAGCAGCAGCAGUAGCGGCGGCCGGCGGAAAAGCGCCUCGGCCACGUCCAGCAGCAGCAGCAGCCGUAAGGACCGAGACCCGAAGGCCCAUCGGAGCCGGACUAAAUCGUCCAAAGAACCGCCUUCGGCCUAUAAGGAGCCGCCCAAGGCCUAUCGGGAGGACAAGACCGAGCCCAAAGCCUACAGGCGGCGGCAGCGGUCCCUGAGCCCGCUGGGAGGCCGGGACGACAGCCCGGUGUCCCACCGGGCCUCGCAGAGCCUGCGGAGCCGCAAGUCUCCCAGUCCGGCGGGAGGUGGCAGCAGCCCCUACUCGCGGCGGCUGGCCCGCUCCCCGAGCCCCUACAGCCGCCGCCGCUCCCCCAGCUACAGCCGCCACAGCUCCUACGAGCGCGGCGGCGACGUGUCCCCCAGCCCCUACAGCAGCAGCAGCUGGCGCCGCUCCCGGAGCCCCUACAGCCCGGUGAUCAGACGGUCUGCCAAAUCACGAAGCAGAAGCCCAUAUUCAUCUAGGCAUUCAAGAUCUCGUAGCAGGCAUAGAUUGUCUAGAUCCAGAAGUCGUCAUUCUAGCAUUUCUCCUAGCACCCUAACUCUGAAGAGUAGCCUGGCAGCUGAAUUGAACAAGAAUAAAAAAGCACGAGCUGCAGAGGCAGCGCGAGCUGCAGAGGCCGCUAAGGCCGCAGAGGCAGCUAAGGCUGCUGAGGCUGCUGCCAAAGCUGCCAAAGCUACCAGCACUGCCACACCUACCAAGGGGAACCCAGAAGCUGGUGCCAGCGCAUCGCAAACCAACCAUGUGAAGGAUGUGAAGAAACUGAAAAUCGAGCAUGCACCUUCUCCCUCAAGCGGUGGAACUUUAAAAAAUGACAAGGCAAAAACAAAGCCACCUCUUCAGGUAACAAAAGUGGAAAAUAAUUUGAUUGUAGAUAAAGCCACCAAGAAAGCAGCUGUAGUUGGAAAGGAGAGUAAAUCUGCUGCUACAAAGGAGGAACCAGUAUCUCUUAAAGAGAAAACGAAACCACUUACACCAAGCAUAGGAGCCAAGGAGAAGGAGCAACAUGUGGCUUUAGUGACCUCUACCUUACCACCUUUACCUUUGCCUCCCAUGCUGCCUGAAGAUAAGGAUGCCGAUAGCUUGCGAGGAAAUAUUUCAGUAAAAGCGGUUAAAAAAGAAGUAGAAAAGAAACUGCGAUGUCUACUUGCUGAUUUACCACUGCCCCCUGAGUUACCGGGAGGAGAUGAUCUCUCAAAGAGUCCAGAGGAAAAGAAAACAGCAACACAGUUACAUAAUAAAAGGAGGCCUAAAAUAUGUGGGCCUCGCUAUGGUGAAAUCAAAGAGAAAGAUAUUGACUGGGGAAAACGCUGCGUGGAUAAAUUUGAUAUCAUCGGAAUUAUUGGAGAAGGUACCUAUGGACAAGUUUACAAGGCCAGGGAUAAAGACACUGGAGAAAUGGUAGCCUUAAAAAAAGUACGCCUGGAUAAUGAAAAGGAAGGGUUUCCUAUUACAGCAAUUCGAGAAAUUAAAAUUCUCCGGCAGCUUACCCACCAGAGUAUUAUCAAUAUGAAGGAAAUAGUGACUGAUAAAGAAGAUGCUUUGGACUUUAAGAAGGAUAAAGGUGCAUUUUAUCUGGUGUUUGAAUAUAUGGACCAUGAUCUGAUGGGACUGUUGGAAUCAGGCUUGGUUCAUUUUAAUGAAAAUCACAUAAAGUCAUUUAUGAGACAGCUCAUGGAAGGUCUGGAUUAUUGUCAUAAGAAGAACUUUUUGCAUCGAGAUAUCAAAUGUUCAAAUAUUCUUCUAAACAAUAGAGGACAGAUAAAGCUUGCAGAUUUUGGACUUGCUCGAUUAUAUAGCUCAGAAGAAAGUCGGCCAUAUACAAACAAAGUCAUCACUUUGUGGUACCGUCCACCUGAACUGCUGCUGGGAGAAGAAAGGUAUACACCAGCUAUCGAUGUGUGGAGCUGUGGAUGUAUCCUUGGUGAACUCUUCACUAAAAAACCUAUAUUUCAAGCAAAUCAGGAGCUUGCACAACUAGAAUUAAUAAGCCGUAUAUGUGGGAGUCCAUGUCCUGCUGUGUGGCCUGAUGUAAUCAAACUACCAUAUUUCAACACCAUGAAACCAAAGAAGCAAUAUCGUCGAAAGUUAAGAGAAGAAUUUGUUUUUAUUCCUGCAGCCGCACUAGACUUAUUUGAUUACAUGCUCGCCUUGGAUCCUAGUAAGCGCUGCACUGCAGAGCAGGCUCUUCAGUGUGAGUUCCUGCGGGAUGUGGAACCCUCAAAAAUGCCUCCACCAGACCUUCCAUUAUGGCAAGAUUGUCAUGAAUUAUGGAGUAAAAAGCGAAGACGACAGAAGCAGAUGGGCAUGACUGAUGAUGUUUCCACAAUUAAAGCCCCCAGAAAGGACUUGUCUCUGGGCAUGGAUGACAGCAGAACUAGCACACCUCAGAGUGUGCUGCCGUCCUCACAGCUGAAAUCUCAGGGCAACUCGAAUGUAGCACCUGUAAAAACAGGCCCUGGACAGCAGUUAAACCACAGUGAAUUGGCAAUUCUGCUAAACCUACUACAGUCUAAAACAAGUGUUAAUAUGGCUGAUUUUGUCCAAGUGUUGAACAUUAAGGUAAACUCUGAGACUCAGCAGCAGCUAAAUAAAAUAAACCUUCCUGCUGGAAUUUUGGCAACAGGUGAAAAACAGACAGAUCCAUCAACACCACAACAGGAGUCUUCGAAACCAUUGGGAGGAAGUCAGCCUUCUUCUCAGAACAUGCAGCCUAAAGUGGAGCCUGAUGCGGCCCAGGCGGCUGUGCAGAGUGCAUUUGCGGUUCUCUUGACUCAGUUAAUAAAGGCUCAGCAGUCAAAGCAGAAAGACGUGCUGCUGGAAGAGAGGGAAAAUGGGUCGGGACAUGAAGCACCAUUACAGCUCCGGCCGCCUCCAGAACCUAGCACGCCAGCGUCGGGGCAAGAUGACCUGAUCCAGCACCAAGAUAUGAGGCUAUUGGAGCUCACACCAGAACCGGACCGGCCUCGUAUUCUGCCUCCUGAUCAGCGACCUCCUGAACCUCCAGAACCACCGCCAGUCACUGAAGAAGAUCUAGAUUACCGGACAGAAAACCAGCACGUACCCACCACUAGUUCUUCGUUAACUGACCCUCAUGCCGGAGUAAAAGCAGCUCUGUUACAGCUCCUUGCUCAGCAUCAGCCCCAGGAUGACCCCAAAAGAGAAAGUGGUAUUGAUUACCAAGCAGGAGAUACUUAUGUACCUUCUUCAGACUACAAGGACAAUUUUGGAUCCUCUUCUUUCUCUUCUGCUCCUUAUGUUAGCAAUGACGGUCUUGGAAGCGCCUCUGCUCCACCACUGGAACGACGUAGUUUCAUGGGAAACUCAGAUAUUCAGUCCUUGGAUAACUACAGUACUACUUCAUCUCAUUCUAGUGGUCCACCUCAGCCUUCUGCCUUUUCCGAGUCAUUUCGCAGUUCGGUAGCUGGAUACGGAGACAUUUACCUCAAUACAGGCCCCAUGUUGUUUAGUGGAGACAAGGACCAUAGAUUUGAAUAUAGCCAUGGCCCCAUUGCAGUGCUGGCAAACAGCAGUGACCCUUCCACAGGGCCGGAGAGUACUCAUCCUCUGCCAGCAAAGAUGCACAACUAUAACUAUGGUGGUAACUUACAGGAGAACCCAGGCGGCCAUGGCCUCAUGCAUGGACAGACCUGGACUUCUCCUGCCCAAGGACCUGGGUAUUCACAAGGAUACAGGGGACACAUUAGCACAUCAGCUGGCAGAGGUCGAGGCAGAGGGUUACCAUACUGA